AUGCGUCCCACUCUUUCUGUACUGAAAGUCGCGGUGCUAUCGCAACCUUUUAAGCGGUCACAGCUUGGUAUCUUCCAGGGAAAGUCCAAGCAAUACGGCAACAACGUCCCGUUUUCCAAGCACAAGACACGCAGGACAUGGCUUCCCAACGUCCAGACGAAACGUAUCUUUUCCGAGGCCCUCAACCAGUCCGUAAAGUUGAAGGUCACUACGAGGGCCUUGAAGACCAUAAAGAAGCACGGCGGACUUGACAAGUACCUCACAAGGGGCAUGAAACCUUCGGAACUCAGUCACGAAGGGAUGCGGCUACGCGUCCGCAUACUAGACGAGAUACGGCCACCGCUACCCGCCAAUGCUCAGCUACGAAAAUCGCCCGCGUUCCUCAAGGAGCAGAAGAAGACGGCGGGGAAGGCGAGAGCUGCAGAGAUCAUCGAGGCGCAGAGGGCUGCCCUCAAGCGGGUCAAGCUCAAUCAGAGGCCAACGCUAGAGGAUGCGAGGAGGGUCAGGAUGGAGGUGAUGGAGAUUCUGGGACGCAAGGUGACGCCGGACCGUAAUAGGUGA